ACCAAGCUCUAGCUUGCACUAUUUUAGUACUUCCGCGUCUCCUGGGUCAAGCCGACCCUCGAUGUUGCCAGACCCCCCUUUCCCGGGCCUCCCAUUUUCCACUGGCGGCAUUGUCCCGAGUGAUUCAAACUGGUGCACGCGUCGAGCUGGAGUUGACCCCACGUCAUAUGUCCAACGGCAGCAUCAAGUGUGCACUUUGGGCGAACUAGGGUCUAGUUUGCGCUUCAUGAACACACAAACAGUAGCCGUUGACGUAGCACGCCUCCUGCAAUAAAGGACGCGCAGCAGGUGGCAUCUAACAAAUGCCAACAACCGAGAGACUCCAGCCGGCUGCAAGCGUUAAGCUGUCGACAAUAAGUAGAAUGGCUGUACUGUUCACCAUUCACUCGCGGGUUGUGGGCCUGGGCUACGCGAUGGAGGCACUGUCAUUGCGAGACCUGUAUUGCUCGCCCCGACCUCGUUUGCUUUUAAGCUGCGACCACACCAGUGCCCAGCCCGUGUCUAUAAACCCAUGUGCAAUCGUUAGAUAAGAAAGCUUGAACGAAUGGGCUGCGGGUCUAGUGUGCCUGUGGAAGCGGUGGACCAGGGUGACCAGCAGAAGCAGCAACAACAGCAGGGCGGAGCGGCUGCCAAGAAUGGCUCGGCUGCCGACAAGGCCGCGACCGACGCUGAGACACAAAAGGCAAAGACGACUCGUGCUCGUCGCCUGAGCUAUAUUUCGAACGACGCGAAUGGGGCGGCGGUGAACGCGCCACCCGGCUCUGCUGCGCCUGCGGCUGCAAACCCGGGUGGCAAAUCUGGCAACACGAGAGCCAGGCGUCUGUCCUACGUGACAAACGAUCCCAACGCCUCGCCGGGCAACCUGAAGCUCAAUGGCGAAGGGGAGGGUGGCGACGAGCAGGACAUGGAGGGAGGGGACGAACCCGCUGUCCAGGGUCAGCUUGCUCCCGAGGAGCAGGAGCGCAGGACUCUGCGCGUUAACGUUGCAUGCAUGUCGCGCGCUGGUCGCGAGCCGGGUUUCAAGAAGACCAACCAGGACAAUUGCUUUGCUUUUGAGAAGUACAUCACCGAGGACCAGUCUCUGUUCGGUGCUAUGGAUGGUCACGGGCCACACGGGCACCUGGUGUCUGGCUACGUCAAGCAGCACCUGCCGAUAAUACUCGUUAACCACCUAACGUUGGAAAAGGACGUGAAGAAGGCGCUGUCUCAGGGCUUCUGCGAGGUGGACCGGUCCUUGGGCAAUAGCAGGAUAGACUGCGAGUUCAGCGGCAGCACGGCCGUGGUCAGCUACCUGAAGGGCAAGACCCUGACGACAGCGUGGGUGGGUGACUCUCGUGGCGUGAUGGGCCGCGAGACAAAGAAGGGCUGGGAGGCGGUGGACCUUACCAACGACCACAAACCCACGGCGCCGGAGGAGAAGGCGCGGAUUCUCAAAGCGAACGGCCGUGUGGAGCGGCUGGUGGACGAGAUGGGCCAGCCCAUGGGCCCCUACCGCGUGUGGCUGCAGUACGCGUGGAUUCCGGGCCUGGCCAUGAGCAGGGCGCUUGGUGAUGUCCUGGCACACCAGGUGGGUGUGACGUCGGAGCCGGACCACUCGACCAUGGAGCUGACGCCGCAGGACAAGUUCAUUGUACUUGCCUCGGACGGUGUUUGGGAGUUCAUCUCGAGCAAGGAGGCGGUCGACAUCGUGGCGCAGUACGAGAGCGCAGAGGAGGCGUGCCGCCAGUUGGUGGACGAGGCCUACCAGCGAUGGCUGACGGAGGAGGAGGGCGUAGUGGACGACAUCACCGCCGUCGUGGUGCGCUUCGUCCACCCAUAGUCAGGCCACGGGCGGGGAGCACGUGCGGCAUGGCUCCCGCUGCCCCACACAUGACGUAUGGGGUAGCGUAGCUGCAUGGACAGCCGAAGCAAUGUGCCGCAUGCAGGCGGCAAUAAGGGUACGCACUGUGUGACUGGUAUAAUGCGCGCGUGGUAACAGACUAAUCAUGACGCGGGUGGCGCAUGUAGUUCUGGUGCAUACGCGGGUCCACCUCGGGUAAUAAAGCGUGGCUCGACGAAGGACCGAAGUUGGCUACCUGGCAAACAUGUCGUGUGUGUGGCUGUGCGAAAAUCCAAAACACCUGCUGGUGCAUGAACGCUCAGCGUGACGUGGGUGGAAUUGGCAGGGUGAAUCGGUGGGAGGGCACUAGUGGGGCCUUAGGGCGCAUUGCGUGUUACGCCACCGCCUCGCAUGCUAAAGGUUGGCUUUUGGCUGCAAUCGCUUUGACAAGAAGUGACGCAAUGCACAUGGGUGCGCGCGUGUAGCCUGGUAUGUGUAAUGGGUAUUUCCGUGCGUUAUUGCCAUCUCUCAUGCCGCGGUUAGGGUUCGGGAGUUCGUAUUGUUGCCUGGCCACUCCUGGCCUGGCUGUUUGUUUGUGAUUGUACAGAACAGGAGCGCAUAAUGGAUGCUGACUGGCACCAAAGGCCAAGCGGACGGAUCAGAUCCGUGCGGCGUGAUAUGAGGUAGAUUGCUGAGGUGGAUUCCGAAUGCAAGACGGAAUUUGUGUGCAAAGCCUGUGCGUGUCCGUGACUCCGUCACUCGAUGGCUAGGGCAAGGGGGGUUGUAAAUACCAGCCCAA